UUCAAACCUCUCCCAAUGGCUACUCAAAGCAGAAGCUAUUUUAGGUGACGUUAACAGAAAAAAAACUACACCAUAGUUCUGUGAGACUGUGGGUGGCAGAUCUUCUACUUGUUGUUCAUGAAGCCGACAAUCUAUUGGAUGAGCUUGUUUAUGAAUAUCUUCGUACAAAGGUGGAAAAAGGAUCGAUUAACAAGGUAUGUUCUUCGGUGUCAAGUCUUUCUAAUAUUUUCAUUAUCUUUCGCUUCAAAAUGGCCAAGAAAAUCAAGAGUAUUAUUGAAAAGUUGCGUAAAUGUUACUACGAGGCGACUCCUUUAGGACUUGUUGGUGAAGAAUUCAUAGAAACAGAGAAUGAUCUUAGUCAGAUUCGAGAGACGAUCUCAAAACUUGAUGAUUUUGAAGUUGUUGGAAGGGAGUUUGAAGUUUCAAGCAUAGUGAAACAAGUAGUUGAUGCUAGUAAUCAAUAUGUUACAUCUAUCUUACCCAUUAUGGGUAUGGGUGGAAUCGGAAAAACAACUUUGGCAAAGACAAUCUUCAAUCAUGAGGAGAUCAAAAGACAUUUUGAUGAAACAAUAUGGAUAUGUGUGUCCGAACCAUUUCUUAUCAACAAGAUUUUGGGAGCAAUUUUACAAAUGAUAAAGGGUGUUUCUAGUGGCUUGGAUAAUAAAGAGGUUCUACUUCAAGAGCUUCAAAAAGUGAUGCGAGGUAAAAGAUAUUUUCUUGUGCUUGAUGAUGUUUGGAAUGAAAAUAUUGCUUUAUGGACUGAAUUGAAAAAAUGUUUACUGUGUUUUACUGAAAAAUCUGGAAACGGUAUCAUUGUAACUACGAGAAGUAUUGAAGUUGGAAAGAUUAUGGAGAGUACUCUUCCUAGCCAUCAUUUGGGAAAAUUAUUUGAUGAACAAUGUCGGUCUUUGUUUAAAGAAAGUGCAAAUGCAGAUGAAUUGCCAAUGGAUCCAGAGUUGAAGGAUCUUCAAGAAGAAUUGGUGACAAGGUUUGGUGGUGUACCAUUUGUUGCAAGAGUUUUGGGAGGGGCACCGAAAUUUGAAGGGGUCUACGAGAAAUGGGUGAUGUCUCUUAGAACCACAACAAGUAUACCGUUACAAGAUGAAGAUUUAGUUUUAUCUACAUUAAAAUUAAGUGUAGAUCGUCUACCAUCCUUCUUGUUGAAGCAAUGCUUUGCAUAUUGUUCAAAUUUUCCUAAAGGUUUUAAAGAUUUAAAAAAGAAGAGCUAAUUGAAAUGUGGAUGGCACAAGGGUUCAUUCAACUACACGAAGGAAGAAACGAUAUAACGAUGGAGGAAAAUGGAGAAAAGUACUUCAACAUCUUGUUGUCUCGCUCUCUCUUUCAAGAUAUCAUUAAGGAUGAUAGAGGAAGAAUUACUCAUUGUAAGAUGCAUGAUCUUAUCUAUGAAAUUGCGUGUACAAUUUUAAAUUCUCAAAAGUUGCAAGAGGAACAUAUUGAUUUGUUGGAUAAAGGAAGUCACACCAAUCAUAGGAUAAACAACGCCCAAAAUUUACGCACACUCAUUUGCAAUAGACAGGUGCUUCACAAGACUAUUUUUGACAAGAUUGCAAAUUGUACUCGCUUGCGAGUUUUAGUAGUGGAUUCAUCUAUUACAAAACUACCUGAGUCAAUUGGUAAGAUGAAACAUUUGAGAUAUCUCGACAUUUCAAGUUCAAACAUAGAAGAACUUCCAAA